UGAGUAGAGGAACUACAACUCCCAGUACAACCCGGAAGCAGCGUGGGCAGAAGAGCGGUUGUUGCAGCUUUGGAGGCGGUCCGGCCUUGAACCUGGAAAAUGCUGCUGGCACCUAAGGAAAGAUCCACCUCAGGGAAGAGCAGGGGACUGAAUCGCUGGAAGCGGUUCACAAGGAAGCCGAAUCCCCAGCCUGCUUUUGAUCCUGAAAAUGUGGAGUACUGGAUUAAGAGAGUGGAGCUAGCCUCAGAAUUUGCAGUUUCCAACACAUUUUUUGCCAGAAAUUCAGAUUUACCUGGAAGGCUUUGGGGCCAAAUGAUAGAUUUGGAAACAUCCAAGCAGAUAGAGGAUCAUGAUGAAGUCUACACAGAAGCUCAGGAAUUAGUUGAUGACUGGUUAGGCACCAAACUUAAGCAAGAAUUAGCAAGUGAUGGAGAAGAAGAUGCUGAAAACUCUGUGUCAAGUGUUGGUCCUAGGCCUGAAGCCAGUAGCCACUGGAAAUAUGACAAGUUUGAUGAUUUAUGUGGCUAUUUGGAGGAAGAAGAGGAAAGUACCACUGUUCAAAAAUUUGUAGACCAUCUGCUCCAUAAAAAAGUGGUGGAUUCUGGGAUGUUGGAAGAUCUUGGAAUGAAGGAAAACCAAGACAAGAAGCAGCAGAAGGAUCCUCGUCUUACCAUGGAGAUGAGACAUAAGCAGGUUAAAGAAAACCGCUUAAGACGUGAGAAAGAGCUAGAGUGCCGAAGAAUGGAAAAGAUCUUGAAAAAAUCGGCUUUCUUGGAGGCUCAGUAUCUGGUGCAAGAAGAGAAGAAAAGGAAGGCUCUGGAGGCCAAGAAAGAGAAGGAGGAGAUUCAGAGGGAGAUGAUAAAGCUGCGGAGGGAAAUACUUGAGAGGAGGCGCACCGUGGCAGAAGCGUGGGAAACAGAGAAGAAAAAGCAAGAAGAAAACCUGCAAAAGAAUCCAGAUAAAGGCAUGCUUCCAAGUGCUCAUAUUCUUCUGGAUGAAGAAAAAGUGGCAAAAGAAAGAAAAACUAAACUGAGAGAGUUACUAAUCCAAACUUUCAAGGAAGAUCACCAGUGUCAGAAACGGUAUUUCUCUGCCUGGCACAAGCUGAUUGUUGAUCAUAGGAUUAAGCUGGGGAAAGCUGGGACUCUGUCCAACUGGAAGCUUCAACUGAAGGUCCUGCGAGCCUGGAGAGACUACACAAGAUCCCAGAAGCUGGAGCAGGCAACUCAGGCCUUGGAAAACGAUCUUAGGGAAGAAAACAGAAAACAACAACUGGCCACUGAGUAUAACCGGAAACAAGUUCUUCGACACUGCUUCGCAGAAUGGCAGCGUUGGCACGGUGCACAGGUCCUGAAGAGAGAACUGGCCCUAGCAAAGGAGGCAACCAGAAAGAAGAUGGAUGAGCUGCUGAAGGCAGCGUCUCUGGGGAAGCUCAGUACGAAUGAGUCACCGGGCAUCAGUCUACUGGAGGAAACAGCCCCGGUGGGCUUACCAGCAGCUGUCGUGCCCUCCUUGGCGGAAAAGAAGCCCUCGAAGAGUAGUGGUUGUACGCUAAGGGCUCCCCUAAGAAGAACCACAAAGGGCAGUUUACAGGGUCCCCUUCAGGACGUCCCUCAGAACACACCUGACAGUGGGCAGCACCAGGCCCUGGAUGCUGAGCUCUUUCAACAAUCCGACAGCAAAAAGCAGCCGGGAACCACCAGCCAGAAAGCAGAACCUGCUUGCGUGGGGCAUUUCCACAACCGCCAUGUCUUUCAACAACAGCUGAUUGAGAAGCAGAAGAAAAAACUUCAGGAACAGCAGAAAACCAUUCUGGCGCUGAAGGAAUACCAGCGACUGGCAGAGGCGCGCUGGGCAGCUGAGCGUGCUGCAGCCCUCACAGACGCACAGAAGCGCCUUGGGACGAGUCCCAGUGGAGCAGAGGAACCGAAAGGAGCCUGCCAGAUGCUUCUCAAUUCAUCUGUUACUUCUCCUAGGACCGGAAACAGAAGUGACUCCCAAAAUUCUCUUUCUGGACCCAGAAGGAAGCCAAAGCCGCUGACGGCACCCCAUCCUGCACUGAAAGCCAUGGAAGAGAGAGCAGUUCAGCGAGCUGAACGUAGGCGGAUCUUGGCAGAAAAGAAGAAAAAACAAGAAGAGGAGAAAUUGGCCCAGUUAAAGGCUCAAGAAGAAGAGCAGCAGAAGAGGGAGGAAGAAGAAAAGGAGGCUCGGCUUGAGAAAAAACGGGAGGAGAGGAGACUGAAGAAAAUGAAAGAAUUAGAGAAGCUGGAAAGAAUUAAGAGGAACAAAGAAUUAGAAGUAGCAGCCAAAGAACAAUAUCGGAAGAUCUUGCUAAGGAAAAAAGGUCUGGAGCCUUGGAAGAAAUUGAUUCAGCAAAGCAGACAAAACACCCAGCUGGCAGAAAAACAUCGUUCUUUGGCUCUACAGAGGAAAUGUCUGCUGACCUGGUUCCAGUGUAGUCAGGAAAGUUUGGGGAGGAAGACGGCUCAGGCGGAGCGAUUUUGUUCCCAGCGAUUGCUUAGGAGGGUCCUUCGGAGCUGGCUACAGCAUGUGACUGAUCUGGAAGAAGAAGCAAGAGGGCUCUGUGUGCAUUUCCUUCAGAAGAAGAUUUUCAGGGCCUGGUUUCUCCUGGUCCAAGAGGCGAAGACUGACGCUCAGGGCAAGCACGAGGCUGCGGCGGGCCAUCGUGACAGGAAGAUUCUCAGCAUCACAUUUCAGGCAUGGAGGAAGUUCGUAAAAUUGACCAGAGAGGAAAGGGUAAAAGAAGAAAGGCGAGAGCAGCUCCGCAGAAGGGUCGCGGAAAUUCUUCCGGACUUCCAGAUGCUGGCACCACUGUGACUACUGCUCGCACCUCCAUCAGAUACUUGGCCUUCAGCAAGACGUUUGAUAACCAGUAAACACACUGCAUUGUUUAGGGUGGGGAUCUCGGUGGGCUGGGGUGUGUAUAUGUUGUAUCUUCCCACUUGUAGAUACACUUGUAGGUGGUUUGUUUUCUGAGAUACUUCUCGGGCCACAGGAAUUGCUUUGGGAAUUCGCACUUCUUGGAUUUCACUUGGGUUGCUGGCCAUUCACUGUAACACUCACUUAUCACAGUGGAUCCCCCAAAGGAACAGUGUAGAGCACCGUUGCUCAAAUGUAUCUGUGUAUUUUUAGCAUAGUAAACUUCAAAAAAGGACAA